CAUUUGCGUCAUUGCUCCCAUUAGCCCAUUAGCGCCCCUUAGGAGCAUUUGACUCCGCCGUGGCCGAAGCGAACAUUCCCACAGCCGUUUUUGCGGAACAAACACCCGCCGAAACAUGGCAUCACGCUGCGGCGCACGAAGUUCGGCAGCAGGAUGCUUAUUCUCAGGAAUCCGAAAGCGAAUGGGAAUGGCGGUCCGCGACCAACCACCACCGACAACGGGAGGACCAGGAACACGACCGCCGCCUCCGACGCACUUCCUGCGCAAUUUCCUAAUUCUUGCCGUCCUACUGAUAGCCGCGCUUCUGAUUGUACGGCGGUGGAGACAACGCAAACGUGGGCGGCAGGCCCGCUCUCCGUCCAGCAUGGGCACGCCAUCGCAUCCGCUAGCACAACUGUAUGCGGUUUUCACAAGCGGCGGUGGGGUACGGGAUGUGUUUACAUGGGCUUGGUGGUCACGGUCACGGAGGUCGUCGGUGGGUGGGUAUGAUCUCCUGGAUGGGCAAUUUGGCUUCGAGGAGGAGUUUGUCGAUUUAGAGGGAUUGGGCGGCGGGGACUUUGCUGGCGAUGUCGGCAGGAGGCUGGCGCCGUACAAAGGCGUGAAGCUGAGAGGUGGUGGGGCCGGCGGGCCAGCCGGAGGAAGUUCUCCGAUAAAUCCGUCGGCCGCCGGUGUGCCACGGCUGGCGAAGAGCAAUCGAGCGCUGUCGCCAUCGCAGACAGGGACGGGGGCGAGGGCUGUUUCGCCAAAGCGCGAUGCAGCAGCAGGUCCUUCCAGCGCGGCAGCCGCGGAUGACGAUGAUGCUGAGGAUCUGUUUCGCUGGGCCGAAACCAAUCUUCCGCCGCCAUCACCCGCGCGGUAGCAGAAUGCCUUCUUCAAUCUCCAGCUGCAAACGCAUCAUCUUCUCCUCCCAUCAAUCGACCGCAAAAUCACCGGUCAGAUCCCGAUCCCACAUUCCUGCUACCCACUUCUUCAGCACCGAGUCACGGCCCCCCGCGGCGCAGGGGAAGACCGCGGACAUCGUCCUCCUCCUAGCCCGCAUGUUGCGCCUUAAUGUUUAGAUACUUGUAUUUAUGCGUCAAUCCAUUGGGAGUGAGGAAAGGAAUGAACGG